GCGGCGCUCCUCGGGCAGGCGGGAUGCCGAAGGGGCCGCGGCCGGCCGAGCGCUACCGCCUCAAGUACAGCCGGCUGCGGCGGGCGGCGCGGGCGCUGGUGUUCGAGAACGGGGCCCUCUGCGACGAGGUGGCCCGGCUGGAGGCCAAGUGCCUGCGGGCGCGGGACGAGCGCCGCUUCCUCCUCACCCGCCUGCUGCGGCUCCGCGCGGCGGCCGCCCCCGAGGAGGUCCCCGGCGAGGCCGCCGGCCGCCGGCCGCGCCGCGGCGCCGCCGCGAGGGACGGGGGGAGGCCGGCCGCGGGGAGGCCCGGCGGCUCCAGGGACGGGGCGCGGUCGGCCGGGGCGAGGCCAGUCGGGCCCAGAGACGGGGCGAGGCCGACGGGCGCGAGAGACGGACCCAGAGACGGGCCGGGAGACGGGGCGAGGCCCGAGGGGCCGAGAGAGGACUCCAGAGACGGCUUGAGGCCGGCGGGGCUGCGGGACAGCCCGAGAGAUGACUUGAGGCCAAACGGGCCGAGGGGCGGCCCCAAGCCGGACCCGCCGCCGGCGGCCGUCCUGGGGUCACCCGAGGACACCCCCAGCUCGGCCGGGCCGCCGGCGGCCAUCCUGCGGCCGCCCCCCCGCCGGCGCGGCGCGGCGCUGACCCUGCCCUUGGCGCUGGGGUCUCUGACGGUGCACAGCCUGGGGGCCGGCGGCGCGGGGCCGGGGGCCGCCUUGCCCCUGGGCUUCCGCAGCACCCGCCUCUUCGCCAGCGCCCGCCGGCCGGCCCGCCGCUGCCUGUACACCUGCCGGAUCGUGGCCGGGCCGCGGUGCGAGAUCGCCUCCGAGGACGAGCCGGGCAGGGUGCUGGCCGGCCCCACGCCCGACGCCUGCCACGGCCGGCUCCUCCAGGCCUUGGGAGAGGCUGGGGGGCGGCCCCGGGCGAUGCCAGCGGCCCCCGGCGCCGGCGACGAGUUCUUCGGCCUCACCCACCCCACCGUCCGCCGGCUCCUCCAGGGUGAGGCCGGGACCUUCCUCCACCCCGAGGAGGAGGAGGAAGAGGAGGAGGAGGAUGAGGACGAUGACGACGAUGACGAGGAUGAUGAAGAGGAGGAGGAGGAAGAAGGGGCUGCUCCAGCCUUCACCUACGCCGACGUCUUCCUCGGCAGUCCCACCGGCUCUGACGAGUGACCCCCCACGCUCACCCCGGUCCCCCAAAUAAAUGACCCUGCCCUCCA